CGUGCGGAUGCGUUGAGCCCCAUUUAAGUGCCGACAAAAUUACCGACCUAUCGAAAUUAUAUUCAACGGGUUACGCAAAUGAAUAUUAAUGCAGCACUUGGAGAGUAGAUUAAUAACAACAACAAAAAACAAGGAGUCGACGUUGGAAAAGUGCUUUUGAUUUGGCGAAAUUCAAGCACUGGCACGUUGGUUGUUAGCGCGGUUGUUAUUUUUCUAAAUUGUGCUAAAUAUUAAAAUUGCCAGCAACUAAAAGAAUUUACGCAUGAAAGUGUUGUUUUAAAGGGCAAACUCGUGUGCGCGGCCUAAGAAAUUCAAGGCGAAAAAAAUAGUUAAUUAUCGCGUAGCAAGAAGUUGUGAAAAAUUUAGAGAUUCAGAUUCGAGCAAUCACUACACCAGCUUGUGCUUGGAAAUAGAACUGAUGCAACUAUCACACAAAUAGUUAUUCUAAAACAACUGCCAUGUAGAUUCACACAACAACACACAACGAAACAUUAUAAGCAUUAACAUUUUGUUACUCCUUCGCAACGAAAUCACAGACGCGCGAAGGAACGAUUUAAACAAAUUCACAAAAUAAAAAUUCUUAUUUUAUCAAAUAAAAGCGAAUUUUGUUUAUAAAAAGUGAAAGUGUCAAGCGAAAACCACAAAAAGUGAUGGGGAAACGCUUACAUUUGCUAUUAAGCGCAUUGCUGGUACUCGCCACUGGUGUGGAGCAGAUACAGUGCAACGAUCAUAAUGAAACGUUUCUGGAACAAACUUUCCAUUAUAUUGAAUAUGUUCUAAAUGAGCCAUUGACGCGUGCGUCCACGGAGUGCGAGACUGAUGACACCAGUUCACCAUUAGAUGAGUUCCCUGAAUAUUUUACAUUGGAUCAGCUGCGUCAAGGCUGGGUCGUGCUGCACGUCUUUGCCGCCGUCUACUUAUUCAUCCUGCUCGCCAUCAUUUGCAAUGAUUAUUUCCUGCCCACCGUCGAGUGCAUAUGUGAAGACUUGAAUUUAUCCAAAGAUGUCGCCGCUGCCACUUUCAUGGCCACCGCCACCUCAAUGCCUGAAUUCUUCACGAAUACGAUUAGUACGCUAAUAACCGACUCAGAUUUGGGUUUGGGCACGAUUAUUGGCUCGCUGAUGUUCAAUACAUUGGGAGUGGCUGCCUUAGCGGCGUUAUGCAUAAAAAAGCCCGUACAACUCGAUUGGUGGCCCAUAGCACGUGAUUGUGUCAUCUACAUGUUUAAUACGGUUGUUCUCAUUGUACUCGCCUGGGGUGGGUAUGUCAGCUUCACCGAAUCCUGCAUCAUGAUGGGUUUCCUCAUUUUCUAUUAUACGCUCACCUUUAAUAACAACAAAUUUAUGCCUGCCAUACGCGUUUUCGUAGAGGAUAAGCUGAACUGUUGUUUAUCUAAGCGAUAUGAUUUGACUGAGCCACCAGAGAACAGUGCAAAGGCGCGACUGCCACUCAAAAAGGAUCACCUGGGCGGUGAUGGUCUAUUUGUGAUAAAUUUACCUGAUAAUACCUCGACUAUGUCAUCCACAGCGAAUUUGACGCAUUCAAAAAGUUGGAAUAGCGAUGAAAGCGAUGACGUCCCCUCACCACCACGCAAACUCUUCUCCUUGCCACAUGGCGAGACGAAAUUGCGGAAAUUCUGGUGGGCUUUCAUAUUUCCCAUCAAAUUUACACUCACGUUUGUCAUACCCAGCCCCUCGCUCCAUCGUCGUCUCUACCCGAUCUCCUUCACUAUGUGCAUUAUUGCAAUUGGCCUGAAUGCUUACAUGAUUGUCUGGAUGUUGACGGCAUUUGGUGUUGCGAUAAAUGUGCCCGAAAUUGUUAUGGGGCUCACGUUUCUGGCGGCUGGCUCAACUAUGCCCGAAGCAGUCUCUAGUUUGAUUUCACUGAAAAAUGGUGAAAACGGCAUUGGCGUCUCCAACUCGCUGGGUGCCAACUCACUCGCCAUACUCCUCUCACUGGGCGUGCCAUGGUUCAUAAAGAAUUGCAUGAAUUAUGGCAAAACAGACGGCUCAGCUAUGAUUAAGAUUGCCGCUCAGGGUAUUGAGUACAAUUUAAUCAUUUUGCUGCUCUGCACCGUUGCUCUCUUUAUUAUUUUGAGCUUUAGUGGCUAUCGGCUAACGAAACGUGCAGGCGUAGCGUUAUUCUUAAUCUAUGCGGUCUUCAUUGUGCUGCAGAUUUUGAUCGAGAUGAAUGUGUUCUUCCCGCAGCAGUGCUAAUCAAGAAACAAAAAGCCCGACAGGAAGAGGAUAAACAGAGAAAAAAAUUAUAUGGAAUAAAGUAAAAAAAAAUUAAUAUAUGUACAUAUAUUUUUAUUCGGCAAAAACUAAGUGAGCUAAUUAAGACUGUUUAGUGCUGUAAGUUCGAGAAAAUACCAAAAUACCAAACUUAGCUGUUGAAUUUGUAGUGUAAGUUAGUUUUAAAAAUAAAAAAAUUGUAAUUAAAAAAAAAAUUAUUAAAAAAAUCUUAUUUAAACAAAAAAUAUUUCUUAAUCCAAACAUUUGUAUAUAGAGAUCGCCUUUUUAUGUAGAUAUAUUGUAAUUUUUGAAUUACAAAUAAGCCAAAAAUUUAGUGCUAUAAAUAGUAAAUUAAUUAGUGCCACAAAUUAGAAAACCAGAAGUUAUAAAAACUAUGUAAAUAAAAUAUAUUAAAUGUUGUCAAACGCAAUUAA